UCAAGUAAACAUAACCUUGAGAUCAACCAAGACAUUGACAUAACCUCGAAGAACAUAAAUAAAUUUUCAAAACCUGCAAUAGUGACUUUUUCAGGUGAAUUAAAAAAUGUUUGAGGCUCACAGCUUGAAUGCUGAGCACAAGGACUUGAUCCAUGACAUCGCCUAUGAUUUUUACGGCCAGAGAAUGGCCACUUGCUCCAGUGAUCAAUUUGUGAAGGUCUGGGAUGAGGAUGAGCACGAGAACUGGCAUUUGACAGCUUCCUGGAAGGCACACAGUGGAUCUGUAUGGAAAGUCACCUGGGCACAUCCUGAAUUCGGACAAGUCCUGGCCACUUGUUCUUUCGACAGAACUGCUGCUGUCUGGGAAGAAAUUGUUGGUGAAGGCUCUGGACCUGGAGAACGUGGGAUGAGGCACUGGGUACGUCGAACAAAUCUGGUGGACUCUCGUACAUCUGUGACGGAUGUCAAAUUCGGUCCAAAAACAUUGGGACUUGUUUUAGCAACGUGCAGUGCCGACGGUGUCAUCAGAAUAUAUGAGGCCCCUGACGUUAUGAAUCUGAGCCAGUGGACACUCCAGCACGAUAUCAGCUGUAAAUUAUCUUGCAGCUGCAUCACGUGGAAUCCCUCCUUGUCCAGAUUACACCCACCGAUGAUUGCAGUGGGCAGUGACGACUCGAAUGCAUCAUCAGGUGGAAAAGUAUUCAUUUACGAGUACUCAGAGAACAGUAGACGAUGGACUAAAACCGAAACAUUAUCUAAUGUCGUCGAUCCAGUCCAUGAUAUCGCAUUUUCACCGAAUUUAGGGAGAAGUUUUCACACGUUAGCUAUUGCCACGAAGGACGUGAGAAUCGUGAGCUUAAAACCCAUUCAGGAUAAUGCACAUACAGGUCUUUCUCGUUUCGAAAUAAAAACUGUACAAUUUGACGAUCACUACUGCACAGUGUGGCGCGUCUGCUGGAACAUAAUGGGAACAAUUCUGGCAUCAUCAGGUGAUGAUGGCUGUGUCCGCCUCUGGAAAGAUAAUUACAUAAACGAGUGGAAGUGCGUGGCAGUUUUGAAAGGCGAUGGUACGUCAGCUCAAACAGCUGAAAUCCCCCAGAUUGCCACACCACCAGGACAUGGCACUGCCCAAGUGCCACUGUCAACCACCAGCUGCAGAAUAGCAAUCGUUGCGAACGAGACGGUGGAAAAAUCACCAGGAACUUGCGCUCUGUCGACUGGCAAGUCUCAACAGCCAGUGAUAAAGGGUCGUUUUAGUAAAAUAACUUGGGUGGGAAAUCCCAGUGAAAUGACAUUACCACCCCCAAUUCAUGAAUAUUCACGUGUCAAAAAGUGAAAGCCUGGCACUCAUCAACUUUUAUCUAACUUAAUAACUCGUAAAAUCUUCACCAUUCCACGAAAAAUGGACUUUAAAAUAAUUUAUAGUUCAUUAGUUCCACCGAAUUAUUCCAAAAAUCCCCGAAUAUCUGGUAAGUCAUCUAUUAUUUAUAUUUUUUUCACUA